UCGGUCGCGCUUCAUUGAGCAAAUUGUACUUAUCUAUGAAUCGGAUCAGAUGUUAUCUUUUGCAACCGUCAUGAUGAACCAACACAUAUAACAUGCCUAGAAAACUAGAUAACAUGUACACCUGCGAAGAGGACUAUAUAGAGCCAACGUUUGUCCGCAUUCUGGCUGAGUAAGGUUCCUGAUUGCUUCCAGCUAUUAUUAUUGUAACAGAAAUGGAGUCGCUUCUGGAUCAACUGGAUGAACCAUCCAAGCGUGCGCUAAAAGAGUUUAAAGAACGGGUUCAGGAUUGCACUAGCAAGUUGUUGGAUACGAGGGAUGAAUUCUAUCUGAAAUGGCUUAUCGCUCGAUCUUACAGUGUCAUCGAAGCCGAGAAGAUGUUCCGGGCAUCACUGGCGUGGCGACAAGCCAAUGGAAUCGACGACAUUUUAAAAUGGACUCCUCCUGAAGUUCUCCUCAAAUAUUUUUCCUUUGGGAAAAUUGGAUAUGACAAACUCUACAGUCCUGUUUAUGUUUGCGCUCAGGGACAAAUGGAUUUACGAGGAAUUUUGCAGUCGGUCACGAAAAAAGAUUUCAUGCGAUACCAAACGUACAUGACGGAAAGGAUCAACAAGGAAAUGCGGGAAGAGAGUUUGCGCACCGGAGAAAAUCAAAACUGCCAAAUGACGUUCAUCGCUGACAUGAUGGGUCUCUCAAUGAGGCAAAUGUCUUACAAGCCAGUUAUGGACGCGGGACGUGAACAGACGAAGAAUUACGAAUCAAAUUAUCCGGAAAAUAUUCGUCGAAUCUUCAUUAUCAACGCGCCCAAGAUUUUUACGGUCAUCUUCAACAUUAUAAAACCUUUCCUGCAUCAAGCUACACUUGACAAGAUGAGGAUUUUCGGAAGUGACAAAGAAGAAUGGGCAGCCGCUUUACUGGAAGAAAUAGAAGCCGAUAACUUACCGCUUCACUACGGGGGCACGAUGGUCGAUCCUGACGGAGAUCCAAAAUGUCCUAGCAAGUUCAACAUGGGCGGAGAAGUUCCUUAUUCGUAUUACCUGAGCAACAGCGCACCUGUGCCCAAGGAUUACAUGGAAACUAUUAACAUCAUCGCCGGAGCAGGCGGAUUUAAGAAAUUGAAAUACAAAAUUGAUGUCGUGAAUUCAAUUUUGAGAUGGGAGUUUAUGACAGAGGGAGGAGACAUCGGUUUCAGAGUCUAUUACAAAAGUGACGAGGAAGGGAUCGUCGACUUGGUACCUUUGAGCAGAAUUGAAAGUCACCUGGUGAUGGAAGAAGGCGAAUUCAUUUGCUACAACCCAGGGAAAUACGUGGUGGUGUUUGAUAACACUUUCAGCAUUUUACGGCCCAAGAAAGUCCGUUACUACGUCGCUGUCGAUCCUCCAGUACCCGGAAGUCCAACAACGGCAAUUGUCUAAUGAGGUAAAAAAUCAAGAACGCAAAUGUCCAAUGCCAUUGUCAAUCAGAUACAAUUUUUUUCUUUAUCCAUCAAAAUAAACACAAAUGUUUUACUUUAUAAAAA